AUGGUGCGGGUGCUCUAUUUUGUUGCGUUCCUGGCCCUUGCCCAGGGUCGCCAUGAAAUAUACGAAGGACAUCAGCUGUACCAAAUCUCCGGCCUAGCUCCCGAGAUCCAGACCCUCGACGCCAAGCUCGACCUGCUGUCCACCACUCAACUAGAAGGCAAGCUGCAGGCGCUGGUGAGACUGUCCCCUGAAGUGAGGGAAUCAUGGCUACAGUACUUCGGGGAGAGGCAGAUCUCGUACACUAAGGUGGUGGAGAAUUUGGCUGAAGCUUUCCGCCAAGAGGAUGCCCAAGUGCAAGCAGCGAAAGCAGCCGCGGCGGCCAACAGGAGCGGACGAACCAUCGGAUGGGAAACAUACUACAGACACCAGGAGAUCAACGACCAUUUGGACGAGCUGGCAGCACAACACUCCGACGUACUGGCGGUCGUCAAUGGCAGUCUGAGCUACGAGGGACGACAGAUCAAAGUCGUCAGGAUAUCCACCACUGGCUUCCAGGAUUCAUCGAAACCAGUAAUCGUCAUAGACGCCAUGGUGCACUCUCGGGAAUGGGUCACGACGCCCGUGGCCUUGUAUAUCAUCAACCAGCUGGUGGUCGAUGUAGUGGACAGGCAGUUGCUUGAGGACAUCGACUGGGUCAUCAUUCCGAUGGCUAAUCCGGAUGGUUAUGAGUAUACCCAUGAAACUGACCGCCUCUGGCGCAAAACCCGCUCGCGCAACCACACCGGCUCCGACGAAUGCCCCGGCAUAGACGGGAACCGCAACUUCGACCACCACUGGGGCACCGUGGCCGACAACGCGGACCCCUGCAGCAUCAUCUUCGAGGGUCCGGAGCCCUUCUCCGAGUCGGAGAUACGGCUGAUCAGGGACGUGGUGGUGGAGAACCUGGACAGGGCCGCCAUGUAUAUAUCGCUGCAUAGCUAUGGGAACAUGUUUCUGUACGCGUGGGGGAAUAAUGGUAGUCUUCCAGACAACGGCGACGACCUUCAACACGUGGGCGACACGAUGGCAACCACCAUAGACGCUCUCGCGUUGAACAAGUCUACUCCUUACAUCGUUGGCAACGCUGCUCAGGUCCUGUACUACACCACCGGGACAUCCCGUGACUGGACGCGUUCUGUCGGCGUCCCUAUCACCUACACCCUAGAGCUGCCCGGUUACGAGUAUAUGUUCGAAGUGCCGCCGACCUACGUGGACCAGAUAGUAAAGGAAACCUGGGCGGGGAUAGCGGCCGGCGCGCAUCUGGUCAGGUCCGCGGGAUUCUCGGUGCUAGUGAGAUUUGAGAUGCUGGUGGUUGCUGUGGGAUUGGUUUUGUGGAACUCGAGAAUUAUAUAAU